CGCACUCAUGUCAGCUUAUAAUACCGGCCCACCUCUUCACCGUCUUCCGUCAAAACUAGGGUUUAUAUUUUCCCCAUCUUCCGGCACAUCCCCAGAAAUCGUCACCGGUCUUGAAGAAGGGACACUUUUGAGUGUAAGUACCAGUGACAAAAGUAGCCGUUCCGGAAGAUAGAAGCUGGAAAUUGGAUUUAAAAAGUGACACAUCUGGCUAUUAGACUGUAGGUGUAACUGUGUAACGACACUUGCUUGUGUUGGGGAAUAAUUGCUUCUUUACAGAUUUCUGGUGAACUUGGAAAUUGCUUAACUUGCACAGUUGGGUCCGUAAAACUUAUUGGUCCCUUGGACAACAGCACUUCUUAACUGCUGCUUCUAAAAAAAUUAGCUAAGACGGGUGCCCUUUGUUGUGUGGCCGCCGGGCCACAUGGAGCAAACUCAAAUGCAGGAAGAAGGGGCUCUUUCAUGGAUCCUGGUGAACCUCUUUGGCGGACAAACUCAAGCUUUUCUCCUCCUCCCUCAAGGAGCUGGGAUUCUAGAUUCCAGUCGGAUGGUUUACCUCUUGGGUCCCAUGGAGCUCCACGAUACGAUUCAUCAUUAUCCUCAAAUAAUAGAGAAAGCAGAAGCAGGGUGAGUAGUGACCAGUAUUCCAAUCAUCACCACUCUGUGUCUGAUGGUGUGCUUUCUUAUUUUGAAAGCCCGCCUGAAAAUUUCCAGGCCCCUCAGUGGACGCCACCAGUGCAGAAACUCAACUUUGGCGUGUCUUCUACCUCUUCUGUGGGAGGGUCAAGGACUGAACUUCCUCUGUUUCCUCACUCUGCUGAGAGGCGAUUUGGUGCUGAAGCAUCGGCAGCAUCCCACAGUUUGGGGUCCCCAUCCUCACUUUCUGAGUCCAGCCAAUUGGAAUCUACUAACAAACAACCUAUGUCCUUACCCUACCGCCAUUUCUCAAGUCGGCGUCCUUUUAUAUCAAAACCUGUUUACCCAUUAGUAUUUCACAAUCCAGUGUCAGGUAGUGAGGGCUUUUGUUCUGCCGAUACAAGCAGCAUUAGUAAGUUGGCACCUGGUGAAAGUAGGGUCUCACCAUCUCACUGGCCUGAUAACAGUCCAAGUCUUAAGUUCCACAAGAACAUCACUGAACUCCAGAAGAUGGACGCUUCACCAGAACCCAGCACGAAUUCCAGGAGAGAAGGUUUCAGGUUCAGUAAUGCGAGCAGUUUUGACAUGAGCUUCGAUGAAGAUGGCUUUGAUGUAUCAGAGCAUGUAAAUUUGGAGAAUGAAAGAUUGCGUCAACACUCUGCAGGCAAUCAUAAUUGUGAGUUGUGUGGAAGACUUCUGUGGCAGAAAUCCCCGUGGAGUUCCUACCGAAUUGUCAGAGGUUGUGACAUGCCAAUUGCUGGUGUACUGCAUUGCGCUCAUAUCUUCCAUGCGGAAUGCCUAGAGCAGACAACACCAAAGAGCCAGAUUCACGAUCCUCCUUGUCCUGUGUGCCUGAAGACUAUUGAUGCAGUGGAAGAGUCUCCAUCAGUUUCGGAGCCAAUGCAAAUGGCUUUAAGGUCAGUUUGGAGAAACCAAGGGGUUGUAAUUUCUGAUGCACCAGGAGAUAAAAAUGGCACCCAAUCCUUGGACCAUUUUGAGGGUGGUUUUAGGAGAAACCAGACUCAAUCGGUAUCGCGUCGAAGUGGUUCAUUGAUUAAGAACCAACUGAAGAAACACUUUAUGUUUAAAGGGAGUACAGGGAAAGAUUUCUUUGGUAUGAAGGGGUUCCAUAAAACCGGUUCAUCAUCUUCAAAUCAGGUUUCUGGGGGACGCUUCAGAUCCUUUCGAUCCUUGAGAAAGUAGUUGCUAUUAGGAAUUGGGAGUCCGUUGGUAGAAUUAAUUUUCUGUACAACAAUAUGCGUACUGGUUUUUGCCUUAUCACCUUUGUGCCCCCACGCAUUGGUCA